AUACGGCCUUACACCUUCCUUCUGAUAACGACGUGAUUGGCGCCACCCACCCACGUGCUAACAAACUAACAAUACAUGAUAAAGUAUUAAGUCGCAUGAAACAAUUUAGUAAAAUUUAACUUGAUUUUUUUACUGUUUUCUUACGUGAGCUGAUGGCGAGCAACUCUGAGCGGCUCUAGGACCACGAGGAGUCGAAUCUGCUGCUUCCCACCACGCAGCUCUUCUGUAUGCAGCACACAUCCUCCUCCACACAGCCCCCUACAGUCAUGCCCCCGUCUCCUCCUCUGCAGGAAAACUAUCCUCCGACCAGACCGCUUUUUCCAGUCCUACUGCCUGCGUGCCACUCCUUCAACGGGGACCUUCUCGCGUCUCCACGCAGCCUGGGGCGCUGUGUAUCUGGUGCAGAACUCAUGGAUGCUCACCUUGGGAGGGACCAUCUGAUAUUUGGGUUGUGAGUUUAUAGAAAGACAGGGCCAGAGGGGCGUUAAGGGUGGCACCACUUACCCAAACAUGCCCAGCUGCUUCCACACCUGUGUGCACCUGUCCCUAUCAUUGUUCAGAGGAGUUCUAACCUCCAGCGACUUUGAGAAACCCCUCUGACAGGCAGAGUAAGCAGCAGUCUGAGGAGGGAUGGAGGGCGGAAGAAUGGACGGGAGCCGAGCAGAAGAGGCUGAAACCGCCUCUAAACUGUGGAGAGCGUCACCAAGAGGAGGAUCUGGGGGAGAUGGCUGCAGACAAAAUGGCCUCAUCAACACCUACUGCCUGGGGGUGGAGCCUCGGGAGGCACUACUGUCACUGUACUCGUCUCCUCAAUACCAGGUGGUUGUGAAAGCUCCCUCCCACCAGGAGCACAGCAGGGGGUCUCCUCGGGUGCUAAAGCCCAGUGCUCUCCUCCCACACCAGGUGGUAUCAGACCCCAGCCUCUUCCUGCGAGCAUGGGGAGAGGCUGGGGGGGGCGACUGCUGUGAGACCACUUUCAUUGAGGGCCUGGGUCCCGAUGUCUCCUCCUCAGCUGGUGUCUCCUCCAAAGAGGUGAUGCUGUUUGCUGAUGGGAAGCUUCUGGAGAUUUCUGGAGAUGAUUCAAAGAUUCACACGCUGUCGUACGACAUCGACGAUGACGAUGACUUCCAGGAGCUGGAGAGCGAUUACUCGUGUGACUCAGAGAGUGAAGACACCUUCCUGCUAAUGCCUCCCAGAGAUCAUCUGGGCCUCAGCGUUUUCUCCAUGCUCUGCUGUUUCUGGCCCCUCGGCAUUGCAGCAUUCUACCUGUCACAUGAGACCAACAAGGCUGUGUCCAAAGGAGACUUCCAUCUGGCCAGCUCCAGUUCGAGGCGGGCUCUCUUCUUGGCCGUGCUGUCAAUCACCAUUGGGACGGGCAUCUAUGUAGGUGUGGCCGUGGCGCUCAUCGCCUACCUGUCUAAGAACCACCACUGGUAGCUGUCUUCAAGGAGGGACCUGCCUGUCAUCCCUCUAGUUUACCUGGAGCCUCAGGCAGGAGGUUGGGUUGGUGACAAGAUGUUAGGAGGAACCCAACGGGUUCCAGCAACCAGACCUGCAGCACAACUGGACUGUGGUUUGCACUUAAAGAAGAUUUUUAGUAGAUUGUUGCACAUUUUAGUUAUUGUUUAGUUGAGUUGGAAAACAAAAAAAUAAAAUGUAUUUCGCAUGUUAGUGCCGCAUAAACAUGUUUUUAAAUUGCUGCUUGAAUCUCAGUCACUUACUGAGCUUUUAAAUGGGGGUUGACUGAAACGAUGUUGGGUAGUAUUUAAGAAUGAAGGGACACUCCAUACCCUCCAUAUUAUCUAUGCCGAGAAAUUACCAUUUAUUCCUCUGCAAAAAGCCUCUGAAACACGACAGAGGCUUUUUUGCCUCGGGCUCACAGACUACAACUGGUUUUCUGCCCCAGCAAAGGUCGGGUUGAGAGAGGGGUGGAGCCAGCUUGCUGGAGCGCAACUGCUCCCACUGAUUCCGGCAGAGCCAAAGGCCGGAAUCCUCCAACAGCCAGAUGCAUCAUGUUGCUGUGCUGAAAGAAGCACAACUAAAUCUAACGAACGUUGUUUUUAAGUUGUUAAGCAGACAGUUGUUAGAAAGCCAGAGAUUCUUCAUUUAGCCAAAACCCUCUUAUUUUUUUUUUAAAUCCCUUAUUUUCUUCGUCUGCUGUUAGUGGCUGGAAAAACAAGACGGUGGUCCCUUCAAAGAGUCUGUGACCACACAUGACCGGCCAAUAUUAGCUACAAAAAGGAUGAAAUAAAUUCUUUUUUUAGUAUUACAGUUGCUGCCAGCCAAGCUAAUGCACUGGCUAACGUUGUAUGUCUAUGUAAUGUAAUGUAAAAACAGCAAUGUAAUGUAAGCUAGCGCUACUCCUGACAGUUCAAAACACAAGAAGCAGCUCAUAACUGUACUUAAACUUCACAGAGCAAGCUAGAAAAAUAAACUGUUAAAUAUAUCACUUCCUCAGUGCUCCUUCCACCGUUCUGUCCCAGCUGCUUUUUUUCUGGUCUGUCCUGAGGCUAGUUUGCUAACUGAUCAUAGCAUAUAAACACAGUGAGCUGUAGAAGCCGCAUUUUUAUCCAAGAGGAGUCGGCAGCGGUAGAUUCAUUGCAGGACUGGGAUAUUUAGUUGUGCUUCUAUUGGUGCACACAAUGGCACGAUGCAUCUGGCUCGCUGCUGUCUGAUGCAGGAUGCCAGUCUUUGGCUCUGCCAGACGCUGGCCCUGGGCUCUCUGCUGCAGGUGCCGGUUCCUUACGGGUAGCUUUGUACUCCUCCAUAAGGCGUAAUUCAUUGGCACUGUACUCUGGCUCAUACAACUAACUACGAAUAUCAGACUGUGCUAAAGAACUUGCUGUCUUCUAAAUAAUCUACAGCAGGACCUGUGGCUAUUGAAUAUUAGUGCUGUACGUGUAUGCGAGGAAAAACAAUGGCAGACAGAGCAGUUGUGCUCCAGCAGACUGGCUCCGCCCCCUCUCAGCCUGGUGCCACCCCCUCUCAGCCCAACCGUUGCUGAGGCAGGUAAAGAGAAAACCAGGAAGCAGUAGUUGUAGUUUUCAAGCCCACAGCAAAUCAUCUGCCCAGGCAUUUUACGGGAGGAAUAAAUGAUAACUUCUCCGCAUAGAAAUUAUGGAACAAUCUGAGUGUCCCUUGAUUCGUAAAUAUCGUUUUGGUCAACCCCUAUUGAGUUUUCCUUUAAAUGACUAAUUUGCUGCUGUAAUAUUUAGGCCGAAUAAGCAACAAAAUAGAUUUUCUGUUUUAAAAAAUAAUCCUGAAUGAAUCCUGUGUAGUGGAGGCGCUGAGGCACUGAGCAUGGAAAUUUGGCAAAAUAAUGUUUUCAGCACCAGGUUUUCUUUGUUGGCAUUUUUCUGAAUCAGCUGAAUUUUUAUUACUAACAUUAGGAAGAUUACACUAGUAUCUCUCCUAAUGGUUCUUAGAACCAGGAGACCAACCCUGGGCUGGUCGGAACACACCUGAGCCAAGGCUGGUGGGGUUCAGCCUGUAGCUUGAAAACCCGUGGGUCCCGGUCCUGGUGAAAGCCUGAUGUCUGUGUCUUUUCUCAGAGGAAAAACAGUCCAACUCACUCUUUUUCUAAUUCUGUAAAUCUGUUUUUUGCUUCAGAUUUGAACUAUUAAUAUUUGAGUUGAUUAGUGAAAUAAUCACCAUCAGAUCAGAGGGGGCUGGAAAGCCUAACAAUUUACCUUACAUUUCAUUUCCCUGUCUUAAACCUUCACAGCUGAAUGUUUGCAAACAUCACUGAGCGCUUUAUGCCUGAUCACCCUGAUCAAUUAUCAUUCUAAUCCUGCUACAAUGUCUGUUCUGCUGGAAACAACAGGAAAAUGGAAACAAGCGCCAGCAGGCGGCGCUUGAGCUGCGUCUGACUGAGAUUUAAUGUUUACAGGGAGAAGCCUGAUGGUUGGUUAAGGUCCACCAGUGGAUGAAGAUCUGUAAAGCAUCAUCAUUGCAUCAUGGCUUUCUGAUUCUUAUUCUUCAUGAGUCCAGACACCACAGACAAAGCCAAAACACCUGGCAGACACAGCAAUGGCCGAAUGCCCAAUCGCCUGGUGGAACUUUUCUUUGGCCAAACAGGAAGGUUGAAGCAGGUAAAAGGUUUGACUGGUUGAGUAACAGACUUAAAGUAAGACACAUCCACCAGUAACCCAACAGCAGGAAACAGGCUUGAAUGUGUCCAGAACCACAACUCAACACAAAGUCAAUCCUGCAGUAGUCUCACACAUGACCCUUUACAGCAACAACAAAUAUUUGAGAUCAGGCAAAAUAAAGUGUUUAGUGUUACCUGACAGAAAGCAGCUGUGAAGAAUCAGACAGGACUGUGCGACACAGACAGGUGAGGGGUCUGAGCAGGAGCCAGAGCGAGGCAGGAAGACGCUGAGAGGAAGCGUCAUCAUGAGUCAAAGCUCCUGCAGUAGUGAACAGCCGGUUUUAAAAAACGAUGCUAUUGCAAACGUGAAGAGCCGACUCCCACUGGGAACAGCCGAAAGUUUCAGCUCUGAAAAUCUAUACACACAAAUGCCAGACUACUUUUAUGGCCGCACCACUCGGCCAAUCACGUACGAGGAUUGACGUAAGGGGCAGACGGUCCUAAAUUGGCGAGUGUAGUGUUAUAGGUACACAGACAGGGAGCGUUGGUAAAAAAGGUAAAAAAACGACCAAAAAAAUGAAAUGAAAAAGAACAUCUGGAUGCAUUUUAAUGAUAUUGGAGACGGAAAACCUGAGUGCAGACUUUGUAAAAUGAAAAUAUCUGUCUAUUAUUUAAAGUGUUAUGAAAAUGA